CACAAGCUCUGCUCUCCCUGUGACUUCAGAAAAACAUUUUCUGCUUCAUGGAGGCAGGAGCGACAUGGGCAACUCCUGCAGCUGUGCGGGACGCGGGAGAUGUCCUUCACCUUUUAAAAGAAAAAAAGAAAAGCAAGGCACUAGAGCAAAACAGAUGAGCCAACCGCACCAGGAUGACAGGAAGAAGGGCCUGCAGGCUGCUCACAUGUACGAUGACGUCUCGGAGUUUCCAGUCUAUGCUACUGUGAACAAGCCCAGGAAUGUGAAGCGUGAUGACAGCGUGCACUAUGCAGAUAUCCAGGUAUUCACUAGGGCCCGGGAGCGCUCGGCCCAAGAGGUGAAGAACUUGCAAGUGCAGAAUGCAACGGAGUAUGCCACCCUUAACUUCCCCCAUCCCAGACUGAAAUACGACAGCAGAAAUGGGACCCUGGUGUAAGAGGUGCAGCAGCCUCCUCCAGCAAAAGUGUUUCACAGACUGAGAUGCUGUAGAUUCAAGCCUAUACCAUGGACGCAUGGAUCUCUCUGAGAAUGUGCAGAGAACCUGGAUCCUCCAGUUGUAUUUGGUUUUGAAGGACUCUAAUAUUUGUCGUAACUGAAUAAAACUUUUCACAGGAUUUUGCUGAGAAAAUCCAACUUACCCCUUUAGAAACAUCAGGGAUGUUUCUGAGGCUGGAAGGAUGUCUCCUUUGGGCCCUUCUAGAAGGUAAAGCUGCUCCUUGUCUAAUGAAAUCAUAGCCCAGUGCCAUGGGGAGGUGGUUCAUACCAUGGCAGGAGGAUUAGCCCUGCACCAUAAUACAGGCAGAUCUGGAAACCCAGAACAAAGGAUUAGAUAAAUUAGAACAAGUGAAAUGUUUGCCACUGGAUUUUGUUUCAACAUUAAGAAAAUCCUGCAGCUGUUACAGAAAAUGACAGGUGGGUGAUACUGUGAGAAAAUUGCAUGGACCAUAUCACUAUAUGCAUGUUGCAAACACUAGCCCUUCCACUUGGCAUGCUUCAGACACUAACCCCAUACCAUUUCCUCAAUGAAGCAGUGUGUUCCCACCAUGCACAGUGCUCUGCAAUGCUAAGAGUAGGAAUGCAGGGUCUAGACAUGGCUAAGCAGCCCUUUCAGCAGUAGGACGGUUAUAGAUGUGGAUCCUUGCCCCUGAAAGAGAAUGAGAAGCUCUUAGCCAUGGUCUGAAAUGAAAGCAACUAACAUUUACAAAUUAAUUUUUGAACAAUAAUUUUAAAUCCUCUGUUAACACUUAAGGGUGGGUCAUCCAGUCCUCAUACACGCUGGCAGUUUGCAUGUCUAUGGGAUUGGGGAUGAAUCAUAGCCAACCUCAGAUAGGGUUUAGGACCCUUUCUUCUUCCUUCCUGUGUCAUGGUAGCAGAUGGCGCCUAGCACAGGGCUCAUGCUAGACACCCCCUCACCAAUACACCUUUGAGAUUUUGUUUAUAGAUUAAUAAUAUUGAUUAUUAAUAAUGUGGUUUAGCAACAAUCCAGUAGGUUCCUGCAUCCCUCCAUGGCAGGGGUUAAACUGUGGGCUGAAUUUCCAACGUUGUCACCUAAACAGGGUUUCCAAACUUAAACCAGCACUUUACACUGUUAAAUGAAACUUUGUGCACCUAUGUGCUGAUCUGAGUGGCUCAAUGCAGGAUUUGGGACAUCCUGGUCAAAUACCAGUGUUUGAAAAUGGGGAGUUUCGUAAAGUUUAUAAUCAAAUUGCAUUUUGCCUACAACAACUUUAUUAACUAAAGACCUGAGUGUGGUCAGUAUGAGUUACUGUUCACUAAAAAAAUAAAAGCGGUACUAAUAUCUGUAUGUUACCAUGGAGAUAUUUUGGGGACCAGUCUUGCAAUCUUUUCGCCUGAAUGGCUUUUGCUCACCUAUGAAGUCCCACUGACUUCAGUGCAAGUGCUAUGCCUAUAGUCAGGUUUGCAGGAUAAAGCCCUAUAUUACUGUGAGGGCUAGUUCUUCUGACUCCCUCCUAAAGCUCCAAGGAUUCUCCCUUUUCUCCCCCAGAUCCCCAUACUCUCCAGGCCCUGCAUGAUCACCCAUCCUUCUGACCAAGGGGGAAUGGAUGGCCUUUGGACAGUGCGACUGUGUGGCACCGGGCACUCCCUCAUUACAAGAGAGAGGCUGAGUGCUUUGCCCUUGCUGGCCCACUAUUCAAGGGUGGAAGUGGGGUCUCAAACCCAGAUCUUGUGCAUGCUAGACUGUGGGAGUAGCAGGCAACUACAUCUUUUCAUAGAAUCACCAAUAUUAGAACUAGAAAGAGCCAUUAGUUCACCAUUAUCUAAUCCAACCUCCCUCAGCCAGUGCAGGAUAAAAUAAUUUUAUUAUAUAGGUUUUAUAUAAACCUUAUUAAAUAUAGAUUAUCACUUAGUGGGGAGCCUUCCUUUGCAGCCAUAACCUCCUUGGUAGAGUAACACAUGGCACAGGGCACUGCCCAUCUGCUCGUCUGCUAAUGGCAGAAAUGCGCGGUCUCUUUUGACACCAUGCACCCUUGGUGCCAAGUCCACCUAAAGCUAGUGGGUAGCCAUGCAGAAUGCUGGCAGCUGGGUAGUUUGUCAUUUAGUGGUGAAACUGGGCAUGUACCUGCAUCUCCAGCCAAAAAUGAAUGGGGCUCAUUUGAGAACAAAUUAUGCUCUAGUUCUGAGUGAAGCAACCAGCUGCCGCAAACUGUGCGGCAAAGAAUCUGUUUCUGAUCUGAAGUUCUCCCCCCCCUGGAAUGCUGAGCUGGGAAUGGGAAAGCGAGCCACACAAAUAGAGCAUAGGACAAACAGUAAGGGCCAGAUUCUGAUUUCAGUUACACUGGGAGAAAUCCACAAGUCAAUAGAGUUGGUCCAGAUUGUAGCUGGUGUAAAUAAGAACAGAGUCUGACCCUAAGGAACUUGUUUUCUGGGCAUGUCAGUUGAUUCUAUUGAUCUGUGGAUUAAUUGAACCUCUGGCUCUUUUGUAUUCUGUAUUAGUUUCUGUUGCUGUUACCACUAUCUUUUAAUGAGCUCCUCAAUGCCUGGACUGAUAUUUUAUCUCAGAUUUCCUGGGGAAUUCUAGCUUUCAUGCUUAGCUGGUACUCCAUGUUGUUUCUAGAGGUACAGUAUAUCGUAGAGAUAAUCAAAUGCGCUCCAUAGAAACAGAAAUAAUACAGUAAUUUUGCCUGUUUAACAGGCCUCAAAUAGAUAAAAUGUGAAAGUACACGUUUUGAAAUGAUUUCUCUGAAGGACUUGUUUUUGCACUGAAUGUUAACAGAUAAUACAAACAUCUUCUGUUUUCUGGGCUUGUUCAGUUUGAGUUAAAUGAGUGUGAAAUCAAAUGUUCCUUUAAUGUUUGAGGCUUAAUUGUACUUUUAACUAAUGAAAUUGCACUUUUUAAAUGGUCAUUAUGGUGAUAUGCGCCUCGUUCCUGUACUUAUGCACAACACAUGUAUAAAGCUACUCACAUGCAUACAUGGCAGAUACAGGUUCAUCAGUGCCACCAGUUAUGAAAAGGAGAUUUCUGACACUUUGUUAUUAAAAUAAAUACUGUGUGAAGGAAAAUUAUUCUUGUUUACUUUCAGAAAAUGUGAAGCCAAUACUCAUUUACAAUGAAAUCUGUUUGUAUGCUGAAUCAUUCUUAUUUAGAAAUGCUGAUCUAUAUAAUAAACAUACAAUAACAUGAUUUACUAAAACAGUAAAACAACAUUUCUAAAAUGUUGUCUUUAGGCACAUUAAACAGAUUAUCUCUGUAGCAUAGAAAGAGAAUUUCUGCCCAAUAUCUGACUGAAUUAAGUGUGAUGUUAUUAAUUGCUGAGUUUGGGUCAGAAAUGGCUAAUGAAGAAUUUGUACAAUCCCCCUCUGCCUUGCUGUCUGGCUCUGCUGCAUGACUCCUGGGUAACAGAAGCAGGGACUGCUGAUUUUAC